AUGUCAUAUUUGCUCAACUGUUUGUUUUCUCUGCCGUAUACACUUGUGUCUACUGGUAAAACAUACUUCUACUUGACCUUUGUGUCUACUGGUAAAACAUACUUCUACUUGACCUUUGUGUCUACUGGUAAAACAUACUUCUACUUGACCUUUGUGUCUACUGGUAAAACAUACUUCUACUUGACCUUUGUGUCUACUGGUAAAACAUACUUCUACUUGACCUUUGUGUCUACUGGUAAAACAUACUUCUACUUGACCUUUGAGUCUACUGGUAAAACAUACUUCUACUUGACCUUUGUGUCUACUGGUAAAACAUACUUCUACUUGACCUUUGUGUCUACUGGUAAAACAUACUUCUACUUGACCUUUGAGUCUACUUGUAAAACAUACUUCUACUUGACCUUUGAGUCUACUGGUAAAACAUACUUCUACUUGACCUUUGUGUCUACUGGUAAAACAUACUUCUACUUGACCUUUGAGUCUACUGGUAAAACAUACUUCUACUUGACCUUUGUGUCUACUGGUAAAACAUACUUCUACUUGACCUUUGAGUCUACUGGUAAAACAUACUUCUACUUGACCUUUGAGUCUACUGGUAAAACAUACUUCUACUUGACCUUUGUGUCUACUGGUAAAACAUACUUCUACUUGACCUUUGUGUCUACUGGUAAAACAUACUUCUACUUGACCUUUGUGUCUACUGGUAAAACAUACUUCUACUUGACCUUUGUGUCUACUGGUAAAACAUACUUCUACUUGACCUUUGAGUCUACUGGUAAAACAUACUUCUACUUGACCUUUGUGUCUACUGGUAAAACAUACUUCUACUUGACCUUUGAGUCUACUGGUAAAACAUACUUCUACUUGACCUUUGUGUCUACUGGUAAAACAUACUUCUACUUGACCUUUGAGUCUGCUUGUUUAACCAUCGUCUAG